UUUUUUAUUUAUUGAUUGAUCUUCUUUCUUUGUCCAUUAGUGUAUGUUCGUGUUCACGUGCGUGUUCAUGGCUGUGUUUGUGGGUGUUUACAUGGACGUCCAUCAGCAAGAAGCGUUUAACGGCGUGUGUGGACAGACGCUGACGGACGUGUGCAUGCGCCUCAUGUCGCACGCGGACACCUUGGGGCUGGCUAACUACGCCUCCAAGAACUGGUGUAAGGUUGUGCUGGACGCAGGGGAAGGGUUCAGAUACAAGAUAAUAUUCGAAAAAUUUUCUCUGCAAUUCCCUGUCGGCCGCAAUUGCACGGAUUACUUAGAUAUCUACGACGCCGCAGACGCUAACAACCGGUUGGCUCUGCUGGGAAGAUUCUGCGGCACAAGCUUCCCUAACGUCAGGGACCGCUCCACGCAGAGAUACACCACUCUUGUGUUCUCUACCGACAACAAGGCAGAAGCCAAAGGGUUCGUCUUUUUGGCGGUGAAGACAGGACCACCGCCGUGCUUGGACCAGGAGUUUGACUGUAAGGCAGAGAACAGGUGUAUAGACGCCAGAUUGCGGUGUGAUGGAAUACACCAGUGCAACGCGGGAGAGGACGAGGAGAUGUGUACUAAUUGGGAAAUUAUCAUCGGGAGCCUGUUUCAGCUUGGAAUCGGCGGGUUCAUCGGCAUCGUCUGCGCAGUGAUGGUCUUCAUCGUCAUCCUAUACAAGAUAAUAUUCGAAAAAUUUUCUCUGCAAUUCCCUGUCGGCCGCAAUUGCACGGAUUACUUAGAUAUCUACGACGCCGCAGACGCUAACAACCGGUUGGCUCUGCUGGGAAGAUUCUGCGGCACGAGUUUCCCUAACGUCAGGGACCGCUCCACGCAGAGGUACACCACUCUUGUGUUCUCUACCGACAACAAGGCAGAAGCCAAAGGGUUCGUCUUUUUGGCGGUGAAGACAGGACCACCGCCGUGCUUGGACCAGGAGUUUGACUGUAAGGCAGAGAACAGGUGUAUAGACGCCAGAUUGCGUUGUGAUGGAAUACACCAGUGCAACGCGGGAGAGGACGAAGAGAUGUGUACAAAUUGGGAAAUUAUCAUCGGGAGCCUGUUUCAGCUUGGAAUCGGCGGGUUCAUCGGCAUCGUCUGCGCAGUGAUGGUCUUCAUCGUCAUCCUGUCGGUGACCGUCUGCUGCCUUUGCUGCAAGCGCGGAAAAAGAUGAACGGAUGUUUUUGAUCAUCAAUAAUCAUUACAUCAAACCUAUACUGAUGAUUAACUGCAAACUGCUAUAUUUUUGGCACAAAUGAUCCAAAGGACAACUGUCACAUUGUGGUUGACGCUUGCACAGGAUGGUGGACAUGCCGGUUUUGUUUUGAAUAGCGUUGUCUUAACUAAGUACACUGACGUAAAUGUGAAUCUACGAAAUUGAUGAUGUUCACAUUUUCUGGAUGAAUUAACUUUUUCCACUCUGGAAGCACAAACAUGAGCAGAUCACAUUAAUCAGAUAUGGUAUCAAUAAUUACAAAAGGAUGGUUUAUAAUUAUCUCCAGCCCCCAGGUGACUUUUAAAUGACAGGGGAUUGCAAAUUACUCAUCCAUUUUCUACGUCGCCUUGGAGUAAGCUGAAAUUCCAUCGGCCUAUAUGGCUUGCACAAUAUAUUUCUAAUAUAUCGCCAAAUUCGUCUUCCUGAAAUAAGACAAUCGGCACAAGCUGCAAAGAAGCAUGGAUAUGUAAUACAGCCUACGGCCUCGACGCCAUAUAAAUGGCCGUAAAAUGAAAUUAUCAACCACUCAUUGUCUUAUGCCGUCUCAAACAUAAAAACUGAGAGAUGAUCACUUGUAAUGCAGCUGGUGGCAGAAAGAUGGGCCUAUCUGUACAAGUUAAGGGACCGUUCCCAGACCCUAUCGUAAUAACUGUGGAUUGAUCUAUCUCCGGGGGGACCCUCACUAAAUUGCAAUCAGCUUAAACAGCUUAGAUUUCUGUCACGUCAACUGAAGCUGCUGGGGGUAAUUAAUUGUCGUUUAGCAACUUCAGUAGGCGUGCCAGACAUGAAAGCCGCUUAAGCUG